GGCGGCAACCCAUUCCUCCUCCUUCCCUCCUCAACCUCAUAACCAAAACCACCACAUUAUCACGCUAUUAUUAUCAUUCCCACCUUUUUAAAAAGUGGAAAGAAUGAAAAAAAUAUCUGCGAUAUAAGACAUGGGUCCUCUCGGUCACCUCCUUCGGGAGCUCCUCUUGAGAUCUCUCUCUCUCUCUCUCUCUCUCUCUCUCUCUCUCUCUCUCUAUAUGCCAGAGACACCUUAGGCCUGUCUGAAACAAAGAGAGUUUGGGGGAGAGACGUUGGUGUUUUUCUUCCCUCGUGUGCUUAAAGAGCAACCUGGAGAUCUGCCAUUUUGGUUAAAGUUUGAAUCUUUAUGAACGGAGAUGGAAAUGGCAAUGUUCUCGGGACUGACUUGAAGCGGUGACCGAGCUGAAACAUACCCUUUUUGUGAGACCAUGAUGGUCCAUCACGAGAAUCAACACGGCGGCGGCGGGGUUGGAGGAGGUGGUGGUGGUCCCGCCGGUGGUGCGUUUCCCAAUGUUGUUCUUCUUCCUUCUGAUGUCUCUGGUGGUGCUCGUGGCGAUAAUGGUGGGCUUGGUGGUGGAUUUGUGAGAACUCUGCAGCCUUAUGACAUGGCUCCUACUGUUCACACUGCCUUCAGAUCCCCUGGAGCAAUGUUGGGAUAUCCUUUUACGCAUGCACAGUGGAAGGAGCUUGAGAGGCAAGCUAUGAUUUACAAGUACAUGAUGGCUUCCAUUCCAGUACCUGCCGAACUUCUCAUCCCUAUGUUUACGUCCAGAGACGGUCCUCCUCGUUAUUCCUUUGGGAAUGGAUAUAGUCUAAGGUACUCGAGCAAUGGAGAUCCAGAGCCAGGGAGGUGCAAGAGAACGGACGGUAAGAAGUGGAGAUGCUCAAGAGAAGUGGCUCCUGAUCAAAAGUACUGCGAGCGUCACUUGCACAGAGGCCGUCCUCGUUCAAGAAAGCCUGUGGAACUCCAUCCGUCCGUGUCCAAGAAGACCCGCCUUCUUCACCAGCCCAGUCCUCUUCCAAAAACAGAGGACCCUUCGUUUCUUCACAAGCCCAGUCGUAGUUCUCACUCUGUCGAAUCUCCCCUCAAGGAAGCUAGGAACACGGACUGGCUCAUGAUAGGAGAAUCUUCUCCGGUCCCAAUGCCGGAUCAACAACAAUGGCCAAGUUUGAUGCAUAGCAAAAUAGGAUCAGCUGCCGAGAGCUCCCUCGACAAUUUCAAUCCUUUCCUAGUGAAAGAAGAACCCCUGAACCUAAGUUUUUCUACAGGUUUUCCUUCUGGUGAAAUCCAUCAUCUCAGCAAAAACCAGUUUUUCCUCAACUCUUAUUCACUUCCCCUUGACAAGACCCAGAUUGAGAACCCCAAGGGAUUCAUUGAUGCCUGGUCUAAUUCGGUUUCAGCCGGCAACAAUAGCCGCUGCUCUGUUUCUUCGGAUGAAAAUAUCUCUCUUUCCUCACUCACUCUGUCCGUGGGUGGCAAUAAUUCAUUCGAAGAACAAAUGGGCCGAGCGCAUUUAGGCGUCAGUCGAUUGGAUUCUGACCAGAAUCCGAGCAGAAACCACUCUCAUGCCACUUCUUGGCUUGGUUCGACUUCAUGGGUUUCUUCAACGCCCGGAGGACCGUUGGCCGAAGUGCUCGGAGCUGGUAUAAAUGCGACCCUUUCUAAUCCACCAUCUCCUGGGGCAGGUAAUGAAGACCCUGGUAGUGUUUUGACGACUACAGUUUCUUCUCCUUCAGGGGUCUUGCAUAGAACAUUGGCUUCUUUGUCCGAUAGUAGUGGCGGUAGCAGUCCGACCCCCUCGAGUUCCAUGGCUAGGUCAGAAAUCACUGUCAAGUGGUUCAAUCCUAACAAACUGGCAUCAUCUUAAUUGAGGAGGCAGACUUUUCUUAUCAUCUUCGUGCGUGAGCUGUUCUUGAAUGUGUUCCUGAUGAAUUUGCAUUGCAAUUUACUUUGGGCAAAGUUGUAAAAUGAUUGGUGAAGUUGAACACCUAGUACUGGAAAUCAAGACAGAUUGUUAAGUU